AUGUCGAAAACUGCAGGAAUCGAAACGGAGAUACAGGUUGAAGAGCUUCAAAUAGAAGAAAAUGGCGAAAAUAAGAAGUUAAUUUAUUCAGUUAAAGAAAGUCCACCUUUGAUUAUAACAUUGAUUCUCGGAGUUCAGGCGUUUAUGACGUGUUUAGGAGCGACAAUUGGCUAUCCGUUUAUAAUAUCCACCGCCCUGUGUUUAACGAACGAUAGUCUGGGAAUGGCUCAGAUCCUUGGAACCAAUUUCUUUGUUUCCGGUUUCUCUACAAUUCUACAAACCACUUUUGGAAUCAGGCUACCAAUUCUACAGAGUUCAAGUUUUGCCUUCAUCGUGCCAACCAUAGCCAUGUUUUCUGUUGAAAAAUAUUCCUGCAUUUAUACUGAAGCAAUGGUGAACCAGACUGUGAUAUCACAAUAUGGCGGAGACCAUCAUCGAUCCUUAUGGACGUCAAGAAUUAGAGAGAUUAAUGGUUGUCUUAUGGUAGCUUCUCUACUGCAGAUUACAAUCGGGUUCAGCGGUAUUUUAGGUUUCAUGUUGAGGUUUAUAGGACCUCUCACAAUCGCACCGACCAUUUCUCUACUAUCCUUAUCGUUAUUUGAUGCUGUUUAUAUCAAAAGUCAAGGACAAUGGUGGAUAGCCGUCAUGACAAUGGUGCUAAUCAUCAUUUUUUCACAAUAUUUGAAAUUCAUCAACAUACCAUGUUUCACCUAUACACAAGCUGGUGGAUGGAAGAAAAUUCUGCUCCCAAUUUUUAACCUUUUUCCAAUUCUUUUGGCCUUAAUCAUCGCCUGGUUGAUUUGCUUAAUACUGACGAUUUCGGGUGUUUUUUCGGCCGAUCCCAAGGGUUGGGGUUAUUCGGCUAGAACAGACAUCAAACUUGAUGUUAUUGAGAAAGCUGACUGGUUUCGAAUCCCGUACCCAGGACAAUGGGGAAGCCCUAUAUUAACUCUACCAGGAGUUUUAGCAUUGAUGGCCGGUGUUUUUGUUUCCAUGAUUGAAUCUAUAGGAGAUUACUACGCAUGCGCUAGAUUAUGUGACGCUCCUCCACCACCAAAUUUUGCUGUAAAUCGAGGAAUUGGUUUGGAAGGCAUCUGCUGCCUCUUAGCUGGAGCGUUUGGCAAUACAGGAGGUGUGACGUCAUAUUGUGAAAAUAUCGGGGCUAUUGGCAUCACGAAGGUGGCGAGUAGACUUGUGAUACAGAUGGCUGGUGUGAUUUUGGUCAUCCUUGGGUGCUUCACUAAGUUCAGUGCUGUUCUGGUCACGUUACCAGAUCCAGUAGUUGGUGGUUUAUUCCUAGUAAUGUUUGGAAUGAUUGCUGCAGUAGGUGUGUCCAAUCUGCAAUUUAUAGAUCUCAACUCGUCCCGGAAUCUGGUGGUGUUUGGUGUGGCACUAUUCUGUGGAUUGUGUAUUCCUAAAUGGUUGAGUUUACCAGAAAAUAAAGGAGUCAUAAAAACAGGUAGUGACAAUGUGAACCAAAUCAUCACCGUUUUACUAUCAACAAAUAUGUUUUUAGCUGGUUUGAUAGCCUGUAUCUUAGAUAAUACAAUACCAGGUAGUUUAGAAGAAAGAGGAAUGAUAAAAUGGCGGAAUAUAAAACAGGAAGUGUCGAAUGUAAAACUAGACCAAUCUAUUUAUAAUCUACCUCUCAUACAAGACUUUUUAAAUCGCCAAACCUGGACGAAUUAUGUGCCUUUCUUGCCAAAUUAUAAAACCAAACAUCAAGACGGUUCUGAGAGUUCAACAGCUAAGACUGGGAAUGUGGAGUUAAAGAGUUAUUCCCCUUUACCUCGAAAUACAGAGAUGUUUGCUGCUCAAAAUAAUGACAACAACCUCAACGCUGCUCAAAAUUGA